AUGGCUGAUUUUAAUAGCACAGCUUCAGAUCCAGAGUUAUAUGUCGAUCCAUUUGAUAGUCGUUAUAAUUCAAGUACGGACGAAGAUGACAAAGAAGAUUUAUUAUCGACUCAAUCAACAUCAGACGAUCGAAAUUCGGAUGAUGAAGAUCAGAUCCCAAUACCAAUGCCUCGACAAGGUAAACAAACCACACCAUGGUAUUCACAUUCAAUCAAUGUAUCCGUUAUUAGUUUGACCAGCAUUGAUCAAAUGACUCUUAAGACGUUUGAUAAACAGAAAUGUUGUGUUUACUCCAAUCGUUAUAAACAGGAAUUCUGGGUUGAUAAUUGCGACGUUUAUCAGUAUGGUGGAAGAAAUGAGUACAAACGACCACCACCAUCACAAGUCUUUCAAAAAGGCGUAAAAGUUUUUGCACUUUUUCGUGAUGGAAAAAUAUAUUUAUCAACCGUUGUUAAUAGCAGUCGUUAUACCUAUUUUGUUAUUCGACAAGAGGAUCUACAAUUUGACGAAGUUGAUAUUGAUGACAUUACCCUAUUUCAACAACAAGAAGUGAAUAGCGAGGAGCGACAACAGAUAAUAAAAACUCAACAUAUUGAGAAAGGUCAAACAACCGCAAACAAACAUUCAUUUCAUCAACAGCAUCGUCAAGCAACUUAUGAUGAAUAUCCCUUAGAUUUAACCAUUACUGGUGAUUUAUUAUCAAUCUCGGUCGAAUUCGGAGAUUUAUCAUGGCCACAACAAGGUAAACCAUGGUGGGACGCCAAACCACCUCGCCAACCAGUUAUUUCAACAAAUGUAAAUCAAACAAUUAUAUCAGAUCGGUCGAUUACACAAUCCACCUUAGAACAACAGUCACAGCCAGCUAUUGAACA